GGUGCUUCCUUCUGACCUGUACCAUCCCCUUCUUUAAAUGCGCUGCUUCUUCCCUCACCGCCACCAGAUCCAGGCGGAGGCGGACUAGGGCGGCCAUGGAGUCCAACAAGGGCGGACUCAAGGGAUUCUGGAAGCGGCGAGGCUACAACCGGGUCGGCGGAGGCGGUGCUUCCCGCCGCCGUCGCCUCGCCAUCGCGGUGCUCGGCGGAGGGAGAGAAGGAGACCCCAGUCGUAGCAGCUGCCGCCGCCGCCGCUUCUGGCGGAUCAAGAUCUCCCCUCGUCUCGUCUUGCUGCGCCUCCGCCGGGCGGCCUCCCCCCGCCGCAUCCUCGCGCGGAUCCGCGACGCCUACGUGCAGAUGAUGUUCGCGCUCUCCCGCGCGGUCCCCGCCGGCGUCUCCUACGGCGGGGAUGCGUGGGGGAUGGGCUUCGGGGUACCGAUGGUGAAGGAGUACGAUGAGAAGGUGCUCGUCGAGUUCUACAAGUCGCUCAUCGCCAGCUCGGCGCCCACCGCCGCUACUGCCCUCGCGAUCCACCGGUAGGCGGCCGCCGCCCUCGUCCUCCGCCGACUUCCACGAUCAAGCACCCCCUCCAUGCUCGCCGCGAGCUUAACAAUGAGCUCACGACUUUGGAAUAAUGGUUGUUUGUUGCAAAAUCACCGCGACAUUGGUGAGUUUUCAUAUUCAUUUUAGCUAAGUUCUUUGUCUAGCAUUAAAGAAAUAAUUAGAUCAUUGAGGCCGUGAUUGUACUAAUAUGAUAAGUUUUCAAUCUAUUUAUGUAUUCAUUUUA